CUUUAGGUGGAACACCUGUAGCCCAAUUUAUAUUAUAACGGAGAAUGCACAGAUGCUUUUACAAGGGAGUUUAGAGAGAAUGAAUUCAGAUCCCUCUUCCUGAGGUUUACAGGAGUAUUUAUACUAGGCUAAGGGGGACAAGACCACAUGCGCCCACGUGGGGGCAUGCUGCUGAUGUGGUGCGAGGUGACUGGUUUCGUCCUUGAGCUGCCUUGUCGCCUUCUAGGAAAAUAUAUAAUGGGAGAAGAGCUCUUGUCUUCUUCUUCUUCUUCUUCUGCUGCAGUGGCCUCCUCCUCUGACAGGGCUGUUGAACAGGCAAUUGUUGGAUUGAAGAAGGGAGGGCAUCUUUUGAAGUACAGCAGAAUAGGAAAGCCCAAGUUUUGUCCUUUCAGGUUGUCCCAGGAUGAGAAGUUUUUAAUUUGGUACUCUGAUGAAAAGGAAAAACACCUGAAGCUGAGUUCAAUCACAGACAUUACUCAUGGCCAACAAUCUAAACAACUUCAGCCUGAUAGAGAAAGCCAGGUGAUUUCACUUGUGUACGCGAAUGGCGAACAGUUCUUCGACCUGAUUUGCAAGGACAAAAUGCAGGCAGAGUCAUGGUUUGUAGGGUUGAAAGCUCUAAUAUCGAAGAGCCACCAAAACCGGUUCUCGGGGACCGAAAGACCGAGACACAGACGGGGAGCUCAAAGCUGCAUUAAUAGCCCGGCUAGCUGUGUGAGGAGGAGACAGAUUCUUGGUCUUCCUAUGGAGCCUGUUAGGUCAAGCAAGGUUCGGAGCUUGGCUGGAAGUCCGGAGCAGUCGUUUUCAGGGAGGGGUCAUUGUGACGUAUUGUCGUGUUCUUCGGACAGCAUAUUGUCCGAUGCAAAUCUAUCGAACAUGCAAAAUGGAGCCGAUGUGAUGAGCCCUUCCCCUCCAUGUUCCGAGCCAGACGAUAUAAACCAGUGCGAAACGGAUUUUGCUACGUCCGAGGUCCAGAGCGAUUUACUUUCCGUGUUUGGGGGAUCCGUUCGUGAGCCCGCCCCAAGAACGGGGCACGUCUUGAGAGACGUUUAUGUUUGGGGAGAAGGGAUGGAGGGAGGAUUUUUAGCGGGAGGGGGUGAAAAGUUAGACUCCUUGAUCCCCAAGGUGCUCGAGUCCACGACAAUGCUUGACGUACAAGCAUUGUUCGUAGGUAGGACCCACGCGUCCCUAGUGACGGGACAGGGCGAGGUCUUUUCCUGGGGCGAGGGGAAGAGCGGAAGACUAGGGCACAAAAUAGACAUGGAUGUCACCAACCCAAAAAUAGUUGAAUCUCUUGGUGGGAUCAGUGUGAAAUCUGUCGCCUUCGGGGAAUACCAAAUGUGCGCCGUGACACAUUCCGGCGAAUUAUACACUUGGGGUGACAACUACGUAACGGCCGAACUCGCGGGUGAAACGGGUAGAAAACGGAGCCAUUGGUUGCCACAUAGAGUUUCUGGGUCGUUAGACGGCGUGAUCAUAUCGUCUGUGGCAUGUGGGGAAUGGCACAUGGGGAUCAUCUCGAUAACUGGGAAAUUAUUCACCUACGGCGAGGGGAGUUUCGGGGCGCUCGGCCACGGGGACACGAAAAGCCUUCCUCACCCUAAAGAGGUCAAAUCCCUCAAGGGGUUAUGGGUGAAGGCGGUUGCCUGUGGGCCAUGGCAUACCGCAGCCGUUGUUGAGACCACUUCGGACGCGAACGGGGCCGGGAAGUUGUUCGCGUGGGGAGAUGGUGAUAAGGGUAAAUUGGGGCACGAAGAUAGAGAAAAAAAGCUUGUCCCCACACGUGUCACGAUGCUCGAAGGGGUAGAUUUUGUCCAAGUGUCUUGCGGGAGGACGCUGACUGUUGGAUUGUCCAACACCGGGAAGGUGUACGCGAUGGGAAGCACGAUCCACGGGCAACUCGGGCAUCCGCACCCCGAGGAUAAAACCGUAAUUGUCGUACAAGGGGAACUCGAAGAUGAGUUCGUUAGAGAGGUAUCCACGGGAUCACAUCACGUCGUCGUUUUAACUUCAAGUGGCCGGGUGUACACGUGGGGGAAGGGAUUGAACGGGCAGCUAGGAUUAGGCGACACGAAAGACCGAAAUGCCCCUACGCUAGUCGACCAUCUUACGGACAGGCUGGUUGAACACGUCACCUGUGGGCCCAACUCCACGGCGGCGGUCUGCUUGCACAAGUCCAUAUCCAGCACUGAUCAAGCUAACUGCAGGGGUUGCGCUUUGCCUUUUGGGAUUACCAGAAAGAAACACAACUGUUACAACUGCGGUUUCUUGUUCUGUCGUGUUUGCUGCAGCAAAAAAUCCCCAAACGCGUCUCUAGCGCCGAAUAAGAGCAAACCGUUCCGCGUAUGCGACCCGUGUUUCAACCAACUCCAGAGAACCGAGAUGUGCACCCCGAGGCCAACCCGUGUGGGGCCCCGAAGGAAAUGCUCUAGCAUGAGUGAUUAUUCAUCAUAUGGUGGGAAGGCAUUGAACAACCAAACAGAGAUCAAGGACAUGGCAUCACUUCUCGACAGCUUGCCAAGAUGGGGGCGGGUCCCGCUCCCUGAGAGUUUUAAACGGAGUUUCAGAGGGCAAAGACAAUUCCGAACCGCGUCGCAGCGUGACCCGUUUGGGUUGGAAGGAAAACUUGUGCCAUAUUCUGGUCCAUUGCAGCAAGGAAUCUCAAAGUCAGAUAAGUUGCUUCUUGAAGAGGUCCAGAGGCUAAGAGCUCAGGUACAUAGCCUUAAAAAACUAUGCCAAUCAAGAAAAGAGAGAAUCCAGGAACGCCAACAGAAACUCAAGGAGGUUUGGUCAUUGGCACUAGAAGAAUCAGCCAACUGCAGAGCAGCAAUGGAAGACAUAAAAUCUUUGACAUCAAGGCUUCAAGCCAUGUCAGAAGAAGCUUGUGGCGGCGGUGCUGAGUGUUUGCUUCAGAUCACUUCCGCAGAUGCCACAGGAAAUGCAGAUCUCAAUGGUGAUCAACCAAGCAGCAUUCUUGCUAUUUGUGCACCUAGAGAAGACAGGAGAGUUGAAAGUGUAUGUGGUUCUCCCAUUCAAUUUUCUAGUGCUACUAGAUCCUUGCGGAAGAAGGAAAACCGCGGGCAGAUCAGACCAGAAGAAGAUGAAGCGUGUCCACAGGUUGAAGUGGAUCCAGAACACGAAUGGGUGGAACAGUAUGAGCCCGGCGUCUACAUUACCCUCAAAGCUUUGCCCGGCGGGAAAAAGAGUCUCAAACGAGUUCGAUUCAGUAGGAGGAAGUUCAGGGAGAAAGAAGCAGAAAGUUGGUGGAGCAAUAACCAGACAUUGGUGUGCCAGCGAUACAACAUUGAUAAAUCUUCAGAUCUCAACCAGGAUUGAUAUGUUUAGUGAUCUCCUGGUUGGCUUCAAGGUCAUUCUCUAUUCUCCCAUACAGUUUUCUGAAGUUUGG